AUGACUGAUUCUCAACAUCAAAUUGAUGAUAGAAUCACUUGUUGCGAAUUCAGUCCCAAUGGAACACUGCUCGCAGUAUCAUCUGUAAAUGGUUCAAUGGACAUUUAUAAAAGCCAAGAUUUAUCUCCUAUCAUAAAAUUCCAAAAAUUAGGAUUUAUGAAUCAAUUCACUUGGAACGAUUGUGGGUAUAUAUUACUAUGCGCUAGAAAUGACGGAAAAGCAAUUUUAGCAGAUAUCAAAACUAAAACUAUCGAAAUUUUAUAUGAUCCAGGUGAGGAGAAGCAUGCAGUUUGUAUUGCAUCAUCACCUCGAUUAUUUGCUGCUAUAGGUUAUUCAGAUGGAACGAUUUCCAUUAUUGUACGUAAAGAAGUAGCUCCAAGUGUGUUUAGUGCAGGAUAUUAUCCAGUUACUUCUAUAGCAGUAAUGAAUGAGAAAAAUUCCAUAAUUGUUACUUCUUCAGAUGGAAUUGUGAGAAUUUUUAAUUUUUUGCCUACAGUCAAUCCAGUCACUCAUCAUUAUUGCAUCAGUAGCAUUUAUGUUAAAAAAUCGCCUCUUUACCAAAUCAAAUUAUUAAAUAAUGAUGAUGUUGCAUUAAUAUUAGCACCUAAUUGCAUGAUACGACUUUUAAACUUAUCUAAAGGCCCUAUUAGUGAACCAAUUACUAUGCUUUCUCCUAAUUUAAACACAAAACAAUUUAAAAUCCUAAAUUACAACGAUAAGUCGAGUUUUGUGGCUUGCAUCUCAGAUGGAUCCUUUAAGAUACUUAGUAUUGAUACUCUCGCUGUGGUUUUAGAAAAGCCAAUGCCUAAUUUGAAAGGUUUUGCUAUUUCCUGCCAUCCAACAAGUCCACUUAUCGCAACUGCUGGUUCAGGUGAUCAACCCAUAUUAUUACAUAAUGUUACAUUUGCAUAA